AGGGACUACAUUGGGGCACUUUCAAUACAUACAUUUUAUACUUCCUGAAAUUUCGACUUUAGUAGGAGUCAGUGAGAUGUUGAACGUGAACCACUAGAAGUAACAUUGAAGUGGUCAUGUACUCGAGAUUCAAGAAAGUGGUCAUCGGCUACAUCGACGUUGACGUUGUACUUAAGUACUAAGAAAUAAUUUGUCGUGCUGCUCACACAAGAUCAAAGAAAAAGCAAGAUUCAUCAGCUUGAGCAUCUCCAUUUGAUUUUAAAGAAAGGAUGCCGCCAAUUCGUUACAAACCGCCUCUGCCCGUUCGGUUCAAAGUGCGGAAUGGUAAUUGGAUACCCCAACUAAAGCAUCCUGAGACUCCGAUCGGAAAAAGUCUCGUAGCUGCGAUGACGCAACGUGUCACGGCGCAUCAUCUAGAAACAGGCCGUCGCAUGUUGCGCAAAGCUUUGGGGAAAAAUAAGCCUUUUUUGAUGAAUGUACACGCGACAUUUGCAGGAACUAGGAAGCCCGAAGGAGUCAAGAUGGGGAAAGGUUAUAGCUUUGAGAAGUUGAAGUAGAAGGGGUCAAGAUGUACCGCCGGAGUAAAUGUGAUAUGAUGACCACCUCCUUCAUGCAGAGAAGAGAGCGAGAGCUCUUUAUGAUAAAGAAUGCUGUUACGGUGCAAGACACCUCAGUCGGUUUCAUCAUCCUUGUAUCAAUUGGGCUGGUCUUUUCGCCUGAAUCUCUUAUUGCCUCCACAUCAUUACUCACUCCCACCAACGCGCUAAUUGCACAGCGGUAGUGAGAUGGCAACACCCCUCAGACGCAAGCAAUCCCAAGUGGAUCGCUGGCAAAGAGGAAGAUUCGACGGAACCGCAAAUUCUCUAGACCUGGAUAACAAAUCCCUCGGGAGCCGUUCCUGUAGUGCAUCGGAAUAUCCGCUGAAGAGCACCUUUGAAAAGCGAAUUGGAAAACGUCAAAGAAAGCCAAAAAACGCAGGCCCUGUUCAAUCUCAGCACCACUUGAACUUCUGUUCUUUCUCAACCUCACAAGAAGGACCCAUCAGUGUACAUGACUCGACUAACAACUCAUCCCAUGACCAUGGUAACUCAUAUGACUCAUCUCAAUAACACAGUGGUGUUACCUCUCGUUACUCACUACACAUCACUAGUUGUGUACUAACCGUCAACUGCACUCAAUUAUGAUGCUUCUCGCACGUUUCUCCUACCAGAUGUACGCGACGGGGGUGUCGCUAGCUGCAGAUGCAACAGAUUACGCACAUUUGCGCAUCAAUGAAGCGAUCCGAGAAGCACACCGUGUGCAGCUGACACCUCGGCGCCAAGUACAACAUUGGGUGUACCUCCUCACGUUCUACUCAUCCUCGCUUCUUCGUCUCUGGAUCCUCUCAGAAGUAAUCAGGUUUGGCAACGGUGGUAAUGACGAUCUCGCUUUUGCCAAGGCUGCUGCCAUUUAUCUGCUCAUGCAAAUCGCAGAGAUAACGCGCAUAUGGCGCCGAAUCCUAGGAGCAGUUGGGUCAAAUCGCGACCUUGCAUCUCAAAUUUCGACCAUUAUCACCAGAGCAGCCGUCCCAGCAGAGCAUCAAGUAGAAGCCAGCACCAACAUGCAGCAUGCAACCAGUCACCAGCUCGAAGUUGCUCCUCGUCGAAGUGUUGAUUGAACAUUUCUUGACAGUGUCCAGAAAGUAUGCACAUCAGUAAACUCAUCAAGUCCAAACCAAGUGAGCAUGCAUUCAUUUUCCUGCAGAACAGUCUUCUUAAUCCACCACUGCAACUAUGACCAUACAAAUGAAAAUUAGUAUUGCUGAGUGGCCUUCUUAAACUAAAUGCAUGAUGAACAACAACUCGCAAUACUGCAACCACUUACAAGAAGUGCCCAAGAGAGGAAGCUGGCCAACAAGCAGUCAAGAUUUACUGAACACCGUUUGAGAGAAAUGAUGCCUCAGUGCUCAUGUGGAUGAGAGGCACCCCAGGGAGAUGAGAGUGAGUAUCAGGUAGUGCAAUAGCUGAAUAUAAUGAAACUUUUUAAAAAUUCUCCUACUCAAGCGAACAACAUCAUCAAAAUACGAAUACUGAAACAAAGAAAAGGGAAAACGGCCUCAUUGUAAGACUACAACAAAAUUGAUGAUAGAAACAAGCAAUCACUGAUCUCAAGCUCCAUAACACCAAACACACGUCAAAAUGAGUCAGCAGAAACCGCCUUCCGACGGUAGCGACCGGCACCCAGCGAACAGGCCGCCCCCCACUGAAGCCGACUGGGAUCGCAUAGCACGAGAAUGGGGCGUCACGACCCACGGAACAAAUAGCAGUACGAACAAGGAGGGUCAUGCUGAUAUGAAGCCAUCUGGUCCCAGCAAGAGUUGCUCCAGACCAAGAGCGGAUGACCCAUCAACGAGGCCCUCGCAAAGAAACUCAGCCAAAUCUCGCACAUCAACGGACAGCAGCAAGGAGGGAAAGAGUGAUCAAGACCCUACGAUUGCUGCAGGUGACCUAACUGUCGACGAUGGUGACAGAGCGCAGCCCAAGGAAACGCUCGUCAAGCCUGACACCGAGAUCCUCCCGACCCCAGCUGCAGCCAAGACAUCAAUGUCGAGGAAACGGCAGGCAAGCGCUGAACGAGCACAUCAAGAGAAGAAAGGGAAACAUGUCAGGUUUGAAGACUCCAAGACACAGCACGAGCAAAAGGUAAACUCCUCAGUAUAUGAUAAACUGCACCUGAAUUGUCAUGGCAUCAAUCUAAAGAACUCACUUUCAACAAACUCCUUCCCAAAUGACAUGACCAGCUACUGACUCCAACUCUAGAGAAAGAGCAAUACAGAACAAUCUAAACCAACAUCAACUCUUUCCCAUCAAAACGAGCUGCAAUCAACACCAAACCCCAACUACAGGAUGCAGAACCUGAACUGCAAGAAGUUCCUGACAGUGCCGAGUCGAAUGCCAACGAAGAGCAGCAACAACGAGUCAAAGCAGAAGAGUCAAAAAGUGCGAACAGGAAAAAGCCACUUUCAGAAGCUGACCUAGUCCAACGGAUUGCACAAGAAGAGAGGAGCGGUGCCAAGAAAAACGAAUACAGGUCAAGGACGCUGAAGAGAAACCCAAUGGUGGCUCCGCCUAUCACUUCAGUCAAGAUGUUGGAGCCGCACUAUGCGAAGCCGAGUUGCCUUGACAGCCCAGCCUUGAGGAAAUUCGCAACUGAUUUUCCGUCAGUAAUGAACGCAGAGAGCUUUGCAGGCAGGUCUCUAGCAGAACUACUCGACUUUCUCUGGAAAUGCAGCAAUGUGGUUGAAACCCCAGCACUACAGCACCACAUGAAGGAAUUCUUCCCGCAGAAACCACUGUGCAAAGAUAUGGAAUCGCCGCUGGAGCGCAGAGCGGUUCGCGAGCCACGAGCCGUAGUCCUACAGUUCCUCCUUGGAGAACUACUCAACCCGGACGAAGUUGCAUCCAGGACGACUAUCAACACUCUCACCGACGAAGUCUCAACCCAACAGAGCUUCCGAGACCACAGCGAAGUCGCAGCGGCCCUUCAAAGCCAUGAGAAAGUAUGUCCACAACAUAUGAAUUGUUAGCACUUAGUGAAUAUGUCUUUCUCUCACAACACUCACAGAAAGUAAUAUGCUGAAGCCAACACGUCUCAUUGAGCAAGAAACCUCGUCUAUCUAAAUUUUCUAAAUUUUCUAAAGGCAGCAAUCACAAACAACACAACAACUCUCAACUACAGGUACUACCAGGGCUAACCCAGCAUAUCCUUGGUGGUGACGUCUUCACAAGAGUCUUGCUGCAGCUGAUCCUCAACUUCAAGUGCAAAAAAGGAGCUGAACUAGAACCAGCACGAAUCAUGGCCCUCCUGCCACGCUCGAUCAAGACCUAUGUCAUUCUCCUACGCAACGCUGUUCUGGUAGCUCACUACCAGUUCAAGAUCCUGCCACAAUUCGUACUCGACGUUCUCACCGGUGACUUCCCGCUCAUCGCAGAGCAAAUCCGCGACUCAACAAGAACGGUCCACCCAGAGAUAGCCGAUGCAAUCACUGAGACCGCAGAAAUCCUGAAGGCUGUCAUAGCCAAAAGCGGCACAAUCGACGAAUCAUGCUGCUUUCAAGAAACGCCUUUCUCAAUCACCGCCUCGAAAGUCAUGUGCGAGAUGGCAAAUGAAGCCCUUACUCAUGCAGCGUCGAAGCACACGACCCAACGACUUGCUGCUGGCGAAUUUGAUGACUUCCUCAUGAUCUCAUAUGAGGAACAAUACCAGAAUGUAGUAGCACAUGAAGAUGCGUUCCAGUCACUAGUCCUGGACUGUGACACAUGGACGCCUCUUGCUGGAAUUGAAUCCAACGCCACACCAGCAACGCAAGGCCAAGGCCCAGAAGACCAAAAGUCCUCGCCUGCACCCGCCGAGUAUGGAGAUGGAGAUGACCAAGACAGCCGGAUCAGCAACGAUGUUGCUGAAGAAAUUGCCGAGAUAGAAGAAGACAAUGAUGACGAAGAUGACAAAGCUGAAGCUCUUCAAGUCGCAUUAGCAUCCGGCGAAGCAUUAGGUGAUGAUCAACAGCAACUUGAUUCGGUGCAGAUGAAGAUUGAAAAGGGAUGGCGCCCGAAAGCGCACAGACCUGGCUCAGCAUCAACCCAAAACCGAGGGUCGUUCAGCCUAAUGCCAACUAGCACAACAACGCUUAAGAGGAAAAGCUGCGACGCUGAUCCGCAACAGAGCCACAAAAAAGCCUUCCUUCCACAGCCAAAGCAUCACAUCCCAGCAAGAAGAAUAGCAAGGAGCGCCAUCAACGAAGCUCUCAUCAGUGUCUCCGAUGGACAUCUUGUCAACAGUGCUCCUGAAGCAUCACCCUCGUUUCCUGAAACAUGCAGUCGCCAUAUAGCCCAGAUGCCACGGAUUGUUCAGAAGUACCUCAUGCAGAACAAUCUUUCGGUUCACUCGCAGCCAAGCACCAACUCAGCCCCGCACCAGAAACAGUGUCACUUUGCUGCGGCAUCACGGCCUCAACAUGCUCUCAAGUGUGACACGAUGCCAGCGGACCUACCAUCUAUGACACCAGACCAGCAGCUCUCGCUUGAGGACCAAGAGGCGAGUCGUCAACAUCAAGCAACAAGCCUUUUUACAAACACAAACGCAAGGAGAGCCGCUGUCAAAGCAAGGCGUCAAGCAAUUUCAGGAAUCCCAGCAGAUAUCCACACAGAGCAGAGAGCGGCGCUUCAUCAAGGAGCUGCAAGUGCCGCAGCCGAAAGAACACAACAUCUCAGACCUGAAGAAUGCGACGUAGCACUUGCCGGAGGCAGGGCGAUAAUAGUGGGCCCGCUAGCCCAGAAAUGCAGAACCACAGGUCUACCUCUCUACGAAGAUCCAGAUCCAGCAAACUUCGAUGAUGAAAUUGUAGACCCACUUGACGAACCGAUUACUCAGCUGCCAAAAAUCCACCUCUACCAGUUCAUGCCAGGAGCGCUUAGUGGACAUGCAGUAAAGAAGUUGCUAAACCCAGUCGCAUACCGCAUCACCAGGAGAUAUGUGAAGCUAGUACUGCAAAUCGGAAGCGUAACAGAGGACGACCUGCCAGAAACGCUUGAUGCAGUAAAAGCAUAUCAAGGCUUGUCGCUAGUUCACAACCAACAAGCAGUCAAUCUUAUCAGAGGAAAAAUCAAGUUUGCAGCAGAUCCGGAGAUCUAUGUCGAUGUCUUCACCAUGCUAGUCGCGAACAAAACCAGACCGUCGCAGCUUGCAGGAACCUCAGCUGACGAGAUCAUCAAGCAGAUGCAUCUUAUUCCACAUGCCGCGGUAGACUCAAUUGCCGUCCUGAAGUCAACACUCGAACUCCUUGGCUCAUCGGCAAUGUGCAAGAAGUUCAAAAUUCCGCCGUCGUUCUUCAAUAUUCAGUCCGACGUCAUGAGCAACCUCCUGAAGAACACACAGAUGGUCCAAGGAGCAGUGGCAGCGUUCCAAGACAACCUUGAAGAUUUCAGCACACCGCACCACGCCAAAAUCAUUGCUCAAAUUCAAGGACUAGACCUAGUGAUGUUCACGAUGUUCACAGCCAACGCCUUCGAAAGAGAUUUUCAGACCUACACCGAGCUGAGAAGGGACAUUGAAGCCCUAAACGGAGUCAAGAACCAUCUUGCACAAGCAAAGCAGUCAUCGCUCCUGUCAGCAUGUGUGAACUUCCUCGCGAACGAAGCCGACAUCUCAACGCUAACAAGGAAGCAAGUCAAAAACUUCCUGUCAAACGAUGUCAGAACAUGCGUGCAGUGGGAUCCAUCCAGGGCAAAGCAGAACGCACUCCCAAGAACCAACUCAUCGACAAGUUACAGUCAACGCGGAUCGAGCACCCUGAAUCUAGUGCAUGACAAGAGGCAGAAGCACAGCAACGUUAUUCAACAUCGGACAGGUGGUAAAGGCGCCCAGCACCAACACCAUGCACGUCAAGACAAAGACUCGUCAGCCUUCAAGGAUAUGGAGAAGAAGGCAAUGACCAAGAUCAAAGCCGAGUACAACGUCAACUGGAUCGACCCGAGGCAGAUCUGCCCUCUUUACGCAUGCGCGCGGCUAAAACUCCAUUUGCAAACGCCGUCUGGAGAAUGGAAAGUUCCGUUCUGUGGAAUAUCGAGCUGCCAGAGGCAUCGUCACACAGGCAUCACAAUCCAAGCCUGGACCAAACGUGAUUCGAGCACUGAUGAAGUAAAUCCUAAUGGCCACGGUGGUCAAGACAACCAUGACGAAGAAGUCAACGAUUCAGCAGGGAAGAAGGGCGGAAAGAAGAAAGGAGAAAAAGGGGCUGGCAAGAAGAAGGGAAAUUGAUCGCCUGCUGAAUGCAUUCAUCCUCAGAAGUCAAAGUCAAUAGUGAAUCAUCAUGCAUCCAGUAGCUCCUAAUUAGAUUUCAUGCACUCACUGUUAUCAUCAGUUCUGCAAAUGCAACUUGCUUCAUCAACCCAUUACCUACAGUGUUUAGUGGAAGUAACCACUCAGUCCCAUACCCAUCUCAGAUAAAGGUAAACCAUAAUAGGAAAUGCCAACCCCCUAUCACUAAGUGUAGGACUUCUUCUUAAAGUAUCAACUUAGUAAGAAAUCAGUGACACAUUCCUGAAAGACAGCAUCUACUUGCAGAAAGCAAGCAUGAGCACCAGUGGCAACAGCCGAAGCUAGAGCACUAAUGCAGUCAGUGCACGAGAGAGAUUCCGCGCAGCAACAUGAGUGGCAAAUCACCAGCACAACUAAAUAUCUGAGGGAUGAGUGAGACAUAAGCUAUCCAACCCUCAAGUAGUGCUGUGUCUCCCAAAUUUUCUCCAAAGCAAUAUAGCAUUGAAACUCCACUCACAUAUACCAUCCACAAAACCAACAAUUCUCACAGGAACUCAUUAAUAACCGGCAAUUGAAGCAGAAGCAAAAGCCACCACUUUGUGCGUACCCGAUGAAGAAGCGGAAAGUCGUCUCAGAACAACCAUGUUGGCCGGCCGCCCCACUCAUCGUUCCAAGCGCUGACCCACACCACUAUGUACCCGAGACAAAAGAACAGCGUCGUGAGCGGAACGCAAUGGAAGACGAGGACCGUGGGAACAACCUCAACUCUAUGCACGGUAUGCAGCAAGCCAUUGAAUGGCAUGCGAGAACAGUAGCUGACUCCAGAAGUUCGCCUGAUGCCCUUGACCGUGAACGAGAAAGGAUGCUAAUGCAGAUUGAGGAUAUCAGGUCGAGCAUUGCUCACUCCGAGAAGAUGCAACAACGCAUCAGUGAAGACAGAGCCGCGCAGCACCCGAAUGUGCAGAAACUCAACGAGUUCUUCACUGGUCACAAGUCAUCGAAAUGGCUAACAGAAGAGAAAUGCCCAGCAGUAUGGGAUUUUCUUGCGAGGAAGUCAGGAUACCUCAGUGACGCGAAAAUCAACGACCUCUACGGCCCUAGCGGAACUCUGAAUCAAGGCUCGAGAACAGACGGCCGAGUCUACAGGUUCCACGAUGGUCAUCAAUUGAUGCUAAGUAGUACAAAUCGUUGCCAGCUAUCAUUGCUCUACUGUAGCCUCACAUGUAGACUCAUAAAACGAAUCUCAUCAAACACUACAAGUAAAUACCAAUAAGCGCCGAUCUCAGCACAACAGUCUCACUAUUACACAUCUCAUCCUCAACAUACAGAUACACAGCAUGGGCAGACGCGAAACCUCUCUCGGAUCAAGAGCUUGACCGCCUCGACAAAUGCCCAGAAUCACGCGAAGCUCUCCGAGAAGCUCUCAAGCCGGCAAACAAGCUCAUCUACAAGCCAAUGGCGCACGAAACCGACGAGAUCCUGCGGCGUGGAUUCGAUGUGAUCAAAGCCAGUUCAUGGCCAAACGCCCCAAUUCUCGACGUUCUUGAAGAGGUGCCGCAAUGCAUUGAAGGAGAAUUCUUUGUUGGGGAAAAGAGAUUAGAAAAAAUGAUACCCAUCUUUAGCAUUGGACAGAAAUACUCAGUAACAGAGGCAUGCUUUAAGAAAAUUCGCAACAUUGCAAACGAAAAAGCGUGCAAUGACGCAGCAAGCGCUUUGACAGAACAUAUUUGUCUACCACAUCUUCCAGUCAUUAUUGACUCUCUUGGACAGUGUCUCAACCCGAAAUCAACAACGCCACAUCUCUAUACCAAAAAGCACUUAUUUAGACAACUAUCUAAAGAGAGAGUCGAAACAUCUAUCUGGCAGGAUGCGCAAACCAUUUCUGGUGGAUGGGAUGAGCCAUCACACGACCAAAUAAAUGAAUGGUUCCUCCCCGUCGUCUCAAAAGUAGAUAUGUACUCGGCUUACUUCCAGUUUGCGAACUCCUAUGAACCAGGAACGUAUGGUCUUUGCUUCUGGAAUCCAGAGAGUCAGCAGGUGCAGGCGGCAACGUCUCCAUCGCUGACCUUUGGAAACUUGCACUCCAUCUUCACAUUUACAGGUCUUGUAUCUCGCUUCAUAGAAACUGUUUGUAGAGUAACGCUCAAAGUGCCCGUGUUCUGUUAUGUUGAUGAUGUCAUAAUUAUCUCAUGUGCAGAACUCGCUCCACAUUGCUUUAGAGCAGUCAAAAUGCUACUAGCUAUACUCGGAAUUGCGCAAAGCGACCACAAGGACAUUAUUGGCCGCACAGGAGCCCCCACUGACACACUGGGGGCCCAAGUCACUGCAUGCAAAAUUAGUAAUGUAGUUUCAGUAAAUAUGGAUAGAAAUAAAGUCCGUGAUGCUGUCGAAGCAGUCGCCAUUCUCAAUAAGCAAGUUUGCGAAAGAAAAGUAACGCUUCUGCAAGUACAAAGAACGCUAGGACUCCUAACAUAUCGCCUUUUCUUCAGACGCUGCAUCUCAGUUGGGCCACAGAUAGCCACCCUCCAUCGACUCACAGAUAUUAGUAAUAUCAAAAAGAUUAAUCAUCAACAGUUUGCAAGUAGACGAAAAGUUCUCUCGGCCAUCCUCUUCACUACCGUGCAAGUUCUUAUUCAAAACGCCCCUCUCAAAUUAGACCGAGCUAUUCAAACUGCAACUGGUGUCGAGAUUUUCUCAGACGCAGCUCUCGCUAACAAUGAGCUGUGGAUCGGAGCAGUCAUUCUUAUGAGUGGCCAAGCAAGGCACUUCUCAGUCAGCUACACUUUUAAAAAGAAUCAUAAUCAACUAUCUCCCGUGCAACUUCGUGACAAGACAAUUGGUUUCUACGAAUGCCUCACAGCUCUCGUUGCGCUUGAAGUCUUCCGCAAUGACGUAUCUAAUCGUAGAGGGAUUAUGUUUGUAGAUAACGUAGCUGCUGCUUUUGCUAUCGUUAAAGGGAUUUCCAACGACCCUGGCCUUGCAGCCAUAGCAUCCAUCAUCAACCUGUUUUUCACGAGGGAAAAGUUCUUUGCACCAAUCAUGUAUGUUCGCUCAAAGAACAAUCCUGCAGACGCUCUCACAAGAAUGGAACUCUACAAUGACUUCAUAUCUCGCACUAACAGCUUCUCUAUCUUCAAGUCGCAUCGUGAAGCUGUUGAAAGUUUGCAACCAUUAAUGAACAAUGUCGCUCUCCGCUUCUCUCAUGCAGCACAACAAGCAGCAGCAGCGGCCUAAUCUAAAAAAGAAAGUCAUUCCACGUGAAGAUGCCUUCCGCAUUCCUGAGAAUGUUGAGAAUUUUGUGUGGCCCAUGGAAAUCAGUUACAUGCAAAGUUCAAGAACUAGUAGACGCAGCAAGUGGGCUGCUUUUCAAACAUGGUGGAACUCUUCACAUUCCUGCAAAAUCAACAUCUCUGCUGAGACCAAGACGGCAGAGGAAGUAACCUGCCCGAAUGUCAGGUAUGCGACUGACCUGUUCCAGUACGGUAGAAUGCUUCUGCAAUACGAUCUCCACAAAUCUUUCCAUCUUCACCUCUCGCUUGUAUCUCAGAGAUUAAAACAACUCAACUGCUUAGAACGAGGGUCACCUUUCGGAAAUGACAACCAGAAGCUGAUGUAUGCUGCCCUUCACCGUAUGAAACAAGAUUUCAAACGAAAGAAAGCCAAACCUGUCACACUCGAUGUCAUCCGCAGUCUCACCCCUAAGCAAUGCGAGAUUGCCAAACUCUGGAUCGCAACCGCCUUCCGUGAGCACUCCUUUGCAGCCGUAAAUGAUGACUCAGUCGAGUUCGUGCCCAACAACCCGCUGUGGACUCUUCUCACCACGACGCUCAUCAAGUUCAACCCAGACGAAGAAGACUUUUUUGCCGUACUAGUCCCGACCUCGUUAGUGACUCGCAACGCAAUCUACGCGACGCAAGCAGAUCUCAGCAGAGUUUCCGCCGCGUGCAGAACAUCCUCUCAUGGGUUCAGACGCACAACCGCAAUAGCGCUUCGGAUCCUCCUCGCGUCUGUUGGAUUGGACAGAGUUCCCGACAUUCCACUCCAAACAAUGUGCAAAAUUGGAGACCACAUGGGGUGGAGUGCAAGAAAUCAACGCACAAGGUUUGACGAGUAUUCAUCUGAUUGGCGCCAAUGGGCAGCACGUGAGUUUUUCCUUCCUUUUAUGACAUCCCAACUGAUCCUUGGAGAUGUCCUCCCAACUGAUCGUCCUAUGAUUAACAUGGUAAAACUCUGAAUCUUUCUCCUGCAUCUUCACAUCCCAAAUUCUCUAAGUCCAUUAAACCUCGAAGAGGCGAAGCCUUCCACGACCACAACACCCAGACGUCCAAGUGUUGCUCACUUUCUGCUUCGCGACCUCCGCUUAGGACCAGAUCGCACCAUGCACGUAUAGAGAGCAGAUCUAUCAUGAAUGAAAGAUCCUUGUCUGUACGAUCUGUUUCUGUCACGGUGUGGAGAACUGAGCGUGAGGCCAAUGAAAGCCAAGGCUUUCGCUCUAUCUGGAAAACAGGAGUACGAGCGUGAAGGAGAGUGGUCACAGAUAAUAUUUGUACCGCCGGAGUAAAUGUGAUAUGAUGACCACCUCCUUCAUGCAGAGAAGAGAGCGAGAGCUCUUUAUGGUAAAGAGUGCUGUUAUGGUGCAAGCACCUUUGUCGGUAUCAUCAUCUUUGUAUCAAUUGGGCUGGUCUUUUCGCCUGAGUCUCUGUUUCUUUUCCCACCCUUCUACUCCCUCGACUCCCAAGGUGUCUCACGAGCAGUCCCAUCCCUGAGAGAGCAGAUCUAUCAUGAAUGAAAGAUCCUUGUCUGUACGAUCUGUUUCUGUCACGGUGUGGAGAACUGAGCGUGAGGCCAAUGAAAGCCAAGGCUUUCGCUCUAUCUGGAAAACAGGAGUACGAGUGUGAAGGAGAGUGGUCACAGAUAAUAUUUGGGCAAAGGUUGUCUUUUCUUGAUGAGAAAUCGAAAUGUUAUAAUGUUUUUCUUCGCCUUCGUUAAGAAGCAAUCGACAUUCAAGCACCUAUUUUCAAGCAACCAAGUCUUUACCGGAGUCAAAGCAAUAAAAAGAAAAAAAUAUACGAACAGAACUAAAGCAUGAUAUUUAUAAUCUUCAUCUUGCUUCAUCCUCGUGAAUGCAACAACCUCCACACCAGGUCGUGGCCCUGUCUCCUAUUUCGUCGCGCGAGUACCAGCAGGAAAGCCAGUUUUUACUAUUCCUUCGCUAAGUCAUUUCCCGGGAGUCCCUUCGAACCUGUACACUCUGAAAUGCAUUGGGGACUUCAUUUAUGAGAAAGUUAGUAACAACCUAAUUGGACGAGGUUAUUUACAUUUACUUCAGACUUUGAAGAGUAUCGGAGAAACAGAAAGUACCUCCACCAGCCUACGCCCCCAACCUUGAUCUUGUUUUGGAGUAUCUCUACUUGGCUAUAUUAGUUGCUGCCUGCUUGUCGUUGAUGCUCUUCCUUAAUCUUCAUGAAUGUUCAACACGAUUCCCGCUAAAUAAUUCUGUUAUCAUGAUGUUCAAUACAUCUUCUAAUUCACGCCACUAAAAGACACUGUUUAUGAAUGCUUAGAACUCUACUGUACUAGUAUUAUUUCUUGGUCGUGCCAUUUCUAAUCCCCGCCAAUGGCAUGCCGACUGCGGGAACAGUACAAUCAUUUUCCUGCUAUGCGAAAUCCAGAGCAGCCUAAAAAGGAUCAUGAAUUCUUACCGUUCUUAAGGCUUCCCCUAAUCCAUCUUCUGGAAGCAUCCCGAAGAGGCUUUUCAAGGGCAAGGGGCUAAGGGGCCUAGGAUGCAUUCUGUUUCCGAUAUGGAUUAGGGUGAGCGCUAACAUUCACUUCGAGUAGUAACGAACAGCAACGACAACUAAAAGAAUCGUCCACGAGUAGGUCUCCAACGAAUGAUCCACAAAAAUCGUCUGGGAGUACUAGAGUUGUACCUGAUGAGUGUGGCGGGAAGAUGACGAGUACUCUUGCUUCAUCUUCUCCAUCCAAUCCCAUGAUUGGGUACACUACUACUACUAGUACUAGUUCUGCUUCUGCACGACAACUAGAAGUACGAAAUAACACGGUUAAUAGGACCUCUUCUACUUCUUCUCCCCCAGCUGCAAGAAUCCUCGACGACCGAGGUUCUCGGAAAGGCAAAGGACACUUACAUUCUGCAGCGAACGACGACCACUGUCCUGCUAUGCUCGAAAUGCAACGACCUUAUAGACCAAGACAGACGUAUGUGUCACCUGGCAACAGCAUUAAUUAUGGCAAGAACCAAGUAGAGAGCAUCCUAAGCAUCAUCCCUGGCCUCUUUUUCAAGGGGAAAAAGAAUCUUCCAAGGAUAUGGGUCUCAAGGACGAUGCGAGGCGGUAGCUCUAACGUAAUAGUGCUGGGCGAGAUCAUGGGCAUGGUCGUGAAUCUCAAUCUUCUGUGAAGAGGAGUAAUUUAGGUCUUGUACAGCUCACUCGUACAGUAGGAGGCAAACCGACGCCGAGUCCUGGGGCUCAGAGAACAGCAGCUGCCUUGCAGGCAACAGUGAGCAGAUUAGGAGGUGGCACUGCUAGAGUGGGACUGGGAGUGAGGAGAUUUGGUUCCUUCAGCAACUCAAUCUCGAUAACUUCCUCUUGUUCAUUGGGAGCGAUAAACAGCGAACCUAUUUUGUGUGGAUUUUUCUUACGGUGGUUUUCCACGACUUGUUCUUGUGUGCCAACUGAAACUCAAAAUGAUGGAAGACUUGCAAGUGUAUUUACUGCCUUGUUAGUGUGAUCAAAGUUUCAUCAAGGAAUAUCUUUCCUUCGGUGGAAGCACGAAGUAGUAGAUAGAGGUUAUCCGUUGAUGUUCUUCCCUUAGUCGAUCUGUCGUCUGCCUCUAAGUAGGACUAGGAAUGCUCCUCUAUCUUCUACUAUCAUUGUGGACUCGGUAUCGG